CACCCGAGCCGAAAGCUUAUCCUUGAUAUAGUGAGGGGUGGGGGGAGGUGGAACACCCACCUACACCAAAUAGUCUCUCUGUCCCAAAGAAGUUGCAAUCUACAUUUCAGCAGUGAUGGGAAACCAGGAAGGCUCGGCUCAACAACCGCUCUGAGUUCUCAACUGGUUUCUUUAUCUCCUCCCGAUCAACUGACAGGACAAAUUCCCCUACCCCUUUUAGGCACUUUAGUCUCAAGGCCGUUUCUUUUAAGAACUGCGAUAUAUUAGACAACCAAGAAUGAUGCCUCAAUUACCUGGAUUAACCCCCCCCCCCCAAAAAAAAAACCGAAAAAGAAAAAGAGAAAAACAGGAGUUGGGUGGCACUAUGUAGAUUAACAACAUUUUAUUCCAGAAUAAACUUUUGUGGACUAGACUGAAUCCCCUCACAGCAUCCAAAGGAGUGGGCUACGGAAGUCCACAAAACCUUACACAAAACCUUGUCAGUCUUUAGAGUGCAGCAGGGUUCCUGUUUAUUUUUAUGAUGAAUCUCACGAACGCAGAUAACCUUCUGGAUUAAACAAGCCAGCAAAGGUAAUUUUCUUAUUUGCAAAACGCGUUUGGAAGGGAAUAACUUCUUCGGGAUGUUAACAGAUUUGUGCGGGAGGAGGACGGUUAGUGUGUCUGUGGGGCGGGGGCAGUGCUGUAGGAGCUGGGCUUUGCUGCAGCACAGAGAUUUCAAAACAGACACCGUAGAACUGGCAGAAGGAAUCCGGUCCAAAUACAGAACCAGAUGGGGAGGAGGAGAGAGGUGUAUGUGAAGCGAUUCCUCCUCAUUUUGGAAUCUGCUUAAUGAAGGAGCCGAACUGGUCGGAUCAUGGAGCUGUUGUCUACACCACACAGCAUUGAGAUCAACAAUAUCACAUGUGACUCGUUCCGGAUCUCCUGGGCCAUGGAUGUUGGAGACCUGGACAAAGUCACCCACUAUUUCAUCGACCUGAACAAGAAGGAGAACAAGAACUCCAAUAAAUUCAAACACAGGGAUGUUCCUACCAAGCUGGUAGCCAAGGCAGUUGCCCUGCCCAUGACGGUAAGGGGCCACUGGUUUCUGAGUCCCAGGACUGAGUACAGUGUGGCAGUGCAAACGGCUGUAAAGCAGAGCGAUGGAGAGUACCUUGUGUCUGGAUGGAGUGAAACCGUUGAAUUUUGUACAGGAGAUUAUGCAAAGGAGCAUUUGGCCCAGCUGCAGGAAAAAGCCGAACUCAUUGCAGGAAGGAUGCUCAGGUUCUCCGUCUUUUAUCGGAAUCACACAAAGGAAUAUUUCCAGCAUGUCCGAAUGCACUGUGGGAGCGUCAUGAAGCCAUACCUGAAGGACAACAGCGGCAGUCACGGCUCACCCACCAGCGGCAUGCUGCACGGUAUCUUUUUCAGCUGCAACACCGAAUUCAACACGGGCCAGCCACCACAGGACUCGCCUUAUGGCCGCUACCGCUUCCAGAUCCCCGCCCAGCGGCUUUUUAACCCCAACACCAACCUCUACUUUGCGGACUUCUACUGCAUGUACACUGCUUAUCACUACGUCAUCCUGGUCCUGGCGCCCAAAGGCUCUCCAGGAGACCAUUUCUGCCGGGAGCGUCUGCCCCAGUUAGACAUUUCAUGCAACAAGUUCCUGACCUGCUCCAUGGAGGACGGUGAGCUCGUCUAUCAGCACGCCCAGGAUGUCAUCUUGGAGAUCAUCUACACUGAGCCGGUUGAUCUCAGCCUAGGAGUUCUGGGAGAAAUCUGUGGCCAUCAGCUCAUGAGCCUUUCGACAGCUGAUGCUAAGAAGGACCCCAGCUGCAAGACGUGCAACAUCAGUGUGGGGCGCUAGAGACUGUGGGGUGGGUGGGGUUGGGGAGGGAAGCGAGAAAGCACACCUCUGGUACGGAAGACAGCUUCAUUAACCUAAGACCCUUGGCGAUGGAUAUGGUUAGAUGGGAACUGGUUCCCAGUAAAGACCAGUUCUGGAGAAGCAGGCCCUUCACUACAUCCCACUGACCAUCUCUCUCUCUCUCCCUCUCUCUCUCUUUUGCAUGUUUUUUUCAGCCAUUGUAAAUAGGAUCCUUAACCAAUGAGAGAGAUUGGGGCAGCUUUGUAAGGAUAGGGCAGUUGGGCCUGAUCCUCCAGUAAGAUCAAUAAAACUUGCCAAUGGGUCAGGUAUAAGAAGAACCAGCCCUAGAUUUCCUGGGCUGCCUAUAUCAAGAAAGACCUCUUACUUUUUGUGCCACCAUGGGCCUCCCUCCCCUUUUCAAACCCAAAUGGACAUUUCAUUUUGCACACAUAGCAAAUACUGGGAAGCUCUGGCCAGUGUGAUAAUGCUCCAGCUUCCUAAAUAGGACUUUUCUACUUCUCGUCCUCUUCCCUCUGGCCUUUCCUUUUCUCCAACCACAGAUUCUCUCUAUGUUCCUCAGGCCCAGCUGUCCUCUCCCCUUCAUGUACAGCUUUCUCUGCUCACUGGGUGUGGACUGGAAGGUGGGUCAGGCAGAACCUCCCUCCUCCCAGGAAGACCCUGGGCUCUAAGGUUCAGCUAGCAUGGCAACAGCUCAACCAGGUUGCUUGACACGCUGAAUGACUAUGUGGCCUGCACUGAGAAAAACUGCAAAUGGGACCUUCACAAUUGUGUUGUGCUGGGAAAGGGGGCUCCUAGCAGGGAAAGAAGGUCAAGAGGAAGGAAGAUGUCCCAGGAGAUAUUGUUCCUUCUUGCUUCCUAAAGGUGUGACAGCCUUUUACUUCAUAUCCUCUAUUUAUUUUGUUCAAACACAAAACGAGGAGGGGGACUACAGGUUUCAACAGGCUCUUGGCACUCUAGACAAGUGCUGGAAUGCUGGUGGGUGGUAGUUGACAGAUGGGCCCAUCUUCCCUUUUCAAACCUUCUGCUGCAGUGCCCAGCCUUGCCUGGGCUGUCAGAAGAAUCCAACUGGGCAGAUGCUGUAUGGCUGCCUGUGGCCUCCUCUUGGGGAUGUGGGGGGAUGGAUUCUACUCUGUUUCCCUGCAUGGUGUAGUGUUUAGGAGUGGCGGAGUCUAAUGUGGUGAACCAGGUUUCUUUCCCUACUCCUCCACAUGAAGCCUACUGGGGGACCUUAGGCUAGCCCCAGUGCUCUCAGAAUUCAGCUCCACCUACCUCCCAUGGUGCCUGUUGUAGAGAGAGGAAGGGAAGGAGUUUGUAAACUGCUUUGAGACUCCUUACGGUUGAGAAAAGCGUGGUAAAUCCAAACUCUUCUUCUUCUGGGGCACUGAGAAGUGGAACAUAGAGACAAAGCAUAAUAUUUUCCCCCACCUCCAGACAAGGAGGAAAGGGUUGUUUAGCCAUUUUCUUGCCAUUUUUUCCCUGCUCUGAAUGACACCCCCAAGCUGCUUUUGCAGUGGUGGGAGGAAAAUGGGUACCUUUAUCCUUUGCCCAACAGGUGAAAAACAGAUAGGAGAGCCAGUUCUGAAUAGGAACUAGCCCAAGGAAAAAAGCUUAAGCAUCCGUUGCCUCCCCUGACAUUCUCACCACUACAAGCUUCAAGGCUGCUUUUUGGCUUUUAUAAAUAAAACAUCCAGAAUGAGAUUAUUACAUACGUCUGCCCUUGUAAUGUCUAGUGUGGCUCCAAGGGAUAGCGAUUUGAAAAGGCUACACUUCAAUUCAGUGGCAGAAGGGGUGCGGGGUUGGGUUGAAUUUAAACUUCUAAUCUACGGUCAGAUUUUCUCUGUUGGAUUGUACCAGAAGCCUGCUCUGCCUGGAGCAGUAGCUAAGCGAAGCCUAGAAGGGAAGGGAGAAGAGAAGCUCAGCGUGGCCCAAAAGGUGUUUGCCAUUUGUACUCGGCCGCUCCUCAGCUCCUUUUCAGUCUGAACCUGCCCAUUACUUCACACAGCCAUGAAGAACCUGUUUUGCUGAGACAGGCUAGACCUGCUCUCAGCAUCUGUCCCCUCCUCCCUCCAUUACAAGGAGCUUUGGUUUGUUUGGGGAUUCUUUUGCUGUCUGGGAAUAUUUUACCUCCCAAGGGAAACCAGCCUGCACACAGCCCCUUCUGACACGUCUGCCGGUCUGUGGCAAAGGGAACGUGGCUACAGGGGAGAGGAGGAUUGGUUGCCACCUUGUCUUAAUUGGGCCAGAAGGUGUUACUUGUAGUCUUUAAAAAUUCCAUUUUUUCCCGCAGAGUAGCAGCCUCAUGGAAAACAUUAAGGGCUUUCCACCCUCUUGAGAAAAGCAAUUUUGAAGCCCAUUCAGAUGAAUAAAAGAUUCCAUCACAGAGCGCUAGAUGUCGAUGGCUGCAUUCAAGACACCACUUUUAGCCACUAUUAAAUUGAUACUUGCACAAAGUGGGCUUCUUGCCAGGCUUUGCAUGUACUCCCCCCCUCCCCUCCCAAUCCCAUGUCCCCUUACAUGGAGAAUCCUUGUUAGAAGCUAAGGCUGUAAUACUACAGGGACUUUCCAGGAACUAAGCCCCAUUGAAUAACAUGUGAUUGGGUGAUGUGGUAUAGCGGUUAAGAGUGGCAGACUCUAUAAUCUGGUGAACUGGGUUUAAUUCUCCACUCCUCCACAUGAAGCCUGCUGGGUGACCUUGGGCUAGUCACAGUUCUCUCUUAAUUCUCUCCGCUCCAGCGACCUCAAAAGUUGUGCGGAGCAGCAGAGAGGGCUGUUAGCAGAUGCUUUGAGAUUCCUUAAAGGUAGAAGAAAAAGGAGGGUAUACCAACUCUUCUUCUGAGUAGACCUGCUUAGGAUUGCUCCCUGGUUCCAGUUACCCACCAUGUAGGACUACAGACACACAGGUUAACCAGAAUUUGUUUUAAAAAUCCAGUUAAUCUUGAUGUACAGUGCAAUCCUAAAAACAAUUUCCUGAGGUGGGAAUCAGCCCUAUUGACUGGAGGUGCAUAGCUUCUUAUAAUCUGUGGAGGGGAAGGGGAGUUGCUCCCUCCAGUUAACCUGUGCUCCUGCAUUCAUUUGCUCUGAGUGGCCAAAGCUGGUUUCUAAUGAGAUACCUUCAUUAAGCUCCGUGUGAGAAAAGAGGGGGAGGCACAUACACACAUGCUCUGGCAACCAACUAGAUUUACGUCCAUAUUGCUUUCACGUGACAUCUGAAUGCGGUCAGUGCAUCUAUGGCUCUCUGAAUGGGGCAAAAGGAAGGUGUGAUAUGACCAACCUGGCAUGAUAGCAUGUUCCAGAAUGAAGCUCCAAAUCCUCUGUAGUUCGCAGAGAUUCUGUGGCAACCAUGCAGGGAUUGAACCCAGGAAUCCAUUUUAUAUCAAAUCAGACUACUGGUCCAUCUGCUUCUAUAUCGUGUACUAACCAAAGAAGCUCUGCAAGGUCUUGAGCACAGGAAGAUCUUUCUUAACAUUUACUAUCCUUUUUAACUGCACAUGGACAACCAUGUUGACCUGUUGUAGCAAAAACACACAGGAGCAGGGCAGCACCUUAAAGGCUAACGCUAACCAGAUGCAUUUUAGGCAGUGACCUCUAACUCAUGAAAAGUAGUGGUGAAGUAAAUUUUGUUAGUCCUUAAGGUACGCUCUUAUCCUUUUAACUGCCGAAUAGGCUUGAGAGCUUCUGUGCACAAAACAGGUGCUCUAACCACUAAGCUUUAGUCCCUCUGCAUAUAGAUCUAUACAGCAAGGGCAAAGGGUAGGGGCUUAGAAAACAUGGUCAAUCACUCAGAAGCCCUGAGAUGAUAGACAGUGACUUGGCCAAGAUCCACAUUCAAGUUUUCACUCAGAUAGGAGUCCCUUAUAUCCAACUAGGAUUGCUAAAGUGGGGUCUGCAGAGCUCCCAGAGUUAUAACUGAUGUCUGGACUUCAGAGAUCAGUUCUACAAGAGAAAAUGGCUGCUCUACUAUACCAUACUGAGGCCAUUCCUCAAACCCUGCUUUGCCUCCAAAUCACCAGGAAUUUCUCAGCACAGAGUUGGCAACUCCAUGUCCAACCCAACAACUUCAUCAACCUGCAUUGUUGGCCACUAAUUUCCUAUGGUCAGAUAACUGUUUAAUGGCCAACACUUUUUAGAUUGCCAUUCAUACUUAAAUCAUCAGAAACAAAUCAAAAGCAAGAUAAUACCCUGUAGUUGUGCUGAGACAGGCUGUAUUUGGAAGAAGGGACACCUGUGGUGUUCUGUACAGUCCCCAUCCUUAAAGGAAGAAAUAUCUGGUAGCCAUUCCCAGAGCUUGAGGACGUACAAAUACAAGUUGCUUCUUCCUAAGAGUACAAUACAAGUGAAAAUCCCUUUUGCUGAUAGCAGAAAUAAAUUCAUAAGCCCUGUGUACGGACAGUGGGUAGAUAUCUACAGCCUACCCAGUGGUGGGAUUCAAAUAAUUUAACAACUGGUUGUUUACAAGCACCAUUUUAACAACCAGUUCUGCUGAAGUGGUGCGAACCUGCUGAAUCCCACCACUAAGCCUACUCCAGUUUGCUAGGUAUAUUAGUUUGAGGACAUUUCUGCAUUACUAUUCAUUGGCUUGAAAUGACCCCACGAUAUAUCAGUGAUCUUAACUCAGUCCUGACACACCAAGUAUGGUCUCUUGAGGAGGAGCACAUUUUAUGAUGAUGAGGCAGCCGACGGAUCAAAGUUAGAGGUGUCUCCAUUUUAAAGGCUUAGCUUUCAGAACUGCAGACAUGUUUUCAUUUGCAGCAGCCUUCAGAAAUGUACGAGCAUCCAGAUGUUCAGUGCAGCCAGCUGUGUAGUGUUUGCUGUGUGCCGUAGCAGUAUUGUGCCGUGAAUGCUGCUCGCAUGGAGUACUAAGAACUCUGCCUUUUCCCUAUGCUCGCUUUUGAUUCCCCUCCUUCUCAGUUGUACUGCAUAUUGCAAUCUUGCCUGUUGAAAAAGGGCCACUUGCCAGUGGGAAUGCUGCGUGUUGGUAGAGCAACUUCACUUGCCCUUGACAAUCCCAGCCUUUGAAUGCACACUAAGAAACUCUGAGCUGCAUUAGAUACUGGGUUCUAAGCAGCUUUCAGUGAACAGGAAUGCUAGAAGAAUUAUAUCAGGAGGAGCCAGGGGAUUUGCACGUUCCUGUAUGAGCCAGAAAGCAACCUCUCCCCUUUCAUUUCCUGUGAGAAAGAGAGCUUAUUUUUAUAGGCAAACAUAAGCAGGAAGGUGUUAGAAAGUCUUUUUAGACAGACAAAUAAAGAUAUGGCAAAGAGGAAGGGGUACAGAAAGCAGAGGUAUCUCAAAACAAUUGGUAUUUUUUCCUGAGAAGAGGUUGGCAAAAGUAUAGGACUUGCGUUAAGUCAACAACUGGUCUUUUGGCUGAGUUAGUCUUGCUCUGUACCACUACAUUUCAAAUGGGAGUGUAUGACUGAAUGCUUUCCCUAUAUACCUUCCUGUUCAUUUUUUGGCACAUAGGUAAUUAGCAUUGGUGGGUCCAGAUGUUCAGAUGUAAACUGAACUGAGUGGUCCCUGUGUAAUUCCACAGGAUCUGCUCUGCUUAAAUCCAAACUGCAGUGAAAAUGGCCAUGGGUGUAAACUCGACUGUGAUGCAGAGUCAUCCCAAGGAAUUUUGCAUCCCACAGAUUUUGCCUAAGUCACCUGCUCUCUUUGACCAUGCCACAAGGAGGCAGGAAGAUUGUGCCCACCAUCAAGAGGUUGCCACCCUCCCUUCUAGGCCUUCAGCAGCUGGGUAAGAUACUUUCUGAAGCAGACCCCAAUACUGAUGGCCAGCGGGGGUCUCCAAAAGGAUGUUCCCCCAAUACUGGCACUCUGAGUUAUCACCUAGGAUUGACUAUUGAAUGGAUGAACCUAUAGCUGCUGUUAUAGUCACAGUGACCCAGGGACCUCUUGGCUCAGCUUGCUUCUGACCAUCAAUAGCCCCCUGGGAAUUUCCUUCUAAAGGGCUAGAUUCCAGGAAGAAAAGGGUCAAUUUUCUCCUUGACAUGUUAAUCCAUGUCUAGGAAUCUUUCAGGUGUGUCUGUGGGGGUAUUCAAGCAUCAUAAGCUUCCCAUGCAAAAUGAAAUGGUACAGCUCAGGAACAUCUUUACUCAUGAUCAGCUCUCUGGCUCGAGUGCCUUUAGACCAAGGCACACUAAGAUCCGAGUGGGCUAAUCUUGUGUAACAGGACAGUAUGCUGUAUGCAAUAUUUUCAACUUGUAAUGGCACCAUUUUAUGUGAAUAGGUUAGAAUGUGCACUUUCCAGCUCCAGCACAUGAAAACCAGUAAUAAAAAUGUGGGUUUCCAAUCAUGUGUAUCAAAGCAGGAAAAUAUGCAUGUUACUCUAUUCACACAAAAUGAACAAGGAUACCCCUUGAUGGGAUAAGGAAAAGAUCAGAGAAGCAAUCUUUUUUUUUAAGGUGGACAGAACAGGACAACUGGUCAUGGUGGGUAUUCUGGGCUGUGUGGCCAUGAUCUGGUAGAUCUUGUUUCUAACAUUUCGCCUGCAUCUGUGGCUGGCAUCUUCAGAGGUGUAUCUUCUUUCUGUGAUACGCCACUGAAGAUGCCAGCCACAGAUAACAGGCGAAACAUUAGGAACAAGAUCGAACAGACCAUGGUCAUAAGGUCUGGAAAACCCACAACAACCAGUUGAAUCCAGCCGUGAAAGCCUUCGACAGUACAGAAGAGGACAAAUUUAUUUCCCCCACUGAAUUGGCAGAUCCAUUUCAGAAGCAAAAAUCUUGACAGUCUAAAAGGAUUAUUGGAUAGUAUGAUCCACAUCUUGGGUGACUGCAAAGGGGUGUGUUCUAGAGAUCACAUCAGUCAGUGAGUUAACCAGUAGCCUGCUGUAACUAAUCUUUUCUUCAAAUGACAGGAUGGGUGAAAGCUGACAAAAAGGCAGCUGUCUCUUCCAAAACACGUGCAAAGGGUGGAGUAUGGGAAAGGGAAAUCACAUUAGUGAUAGUGAACACACCCAAGAUUGAGUAAACUGGGUGGGGGGGGGGAGUAAGAUCGUGGAAAUAGUGUAGUCUCCUCCCCACCUAAUACUUUUGCUGCCUUCUUUGUUAGAAACAGUGCAAGGCUAAGGCAUGCUAAGGGUUAACUAAUCCACGCUAAAUGCCCCUUAUGAAUACAUUUGCAGUUCCCAACUCAUGUAAGUGAUUGUGAGUUUGAAACCACAUUGAUUCAGGAAGAUUCCAAAAAAAUAGGUAUCUUGAGAACAUGACAAAGGCCACAGUUUUCUGCAUCACAAAGGCCACAGUUUUAAACUGUGUUCCAAGGACCCCCUUGGGAUUUUUUGCAAGUUUAAGAAGGGUCCUUAAUUGAGAAGAUAAGUAAUAGAGAGGGAGUUUAACAAUUGGCCUCCUGCAGUGUGUAGCUACAGGAUAUGACUGAGUAAGCCUUAGGGCUGGGCAUGUGGGGUGACAGAUCUCAGGGAGCCAGGGCUAGGUCUCUGCAAGACCCAAGGUGUAUGCUCUAUCAUAUACCCCAGAAUUGUCUCCAAGGCACUUCAGGUUAUUGGUAGAUAUGCAAAGUUUCCUCAGUAGCUGAGUUUCCUGGACACAGAGAGUUUGAGAACCAUGGUUUAGCAGAUGCAGGCUUUCCAGGAGGGGCCAGAGGCUGCAGAUUCGGUCUGAAAUUCAGCCUAACCUUCAGUCUCUGAUCAGAGUCUACCAAGUAAAAGUGUGGUGAGUUGUAGGACAAGGACACCUUGCCUUUCCGGAUGCAGCAUCAAGCAAGGGAACCUCAAGCAAGUGGCUGCUUGUUCCGAGUCUCCUCCUACAAAGCCUUGCAUGUCAUGUAGCUGAGAAUUUCAGCAUGGCUCUCAUGCACCAGCCUGAGCAGCAUCUCUUGCCCCAAGUGGUGCUUUUCCAGACUGUAUGUAUGAUGCACUCUGUAAAACAAUAUCUUAAGCAAAAACUGUGUUGUGCUUACAGUGUGUCUCAAUAAACUAAGAACCGUG